AGUAAACUGAGCAGACUUACUGCCGUAAAACACAGAAAAGGUAGGAGAAUAUACCACAUUUUGGUGACUAUGGUUACCUGCAAAGAUCCAGAACGCAGAACUUUGGAACUUCUCAAAGUCAUAAAAGACGUGACAUCAUCGCGUUAAUGGUAAGAUUAAUGCAAAAUAGAGCCAAGAAGAGACAGAAACUGAGCAGAGAAAUAUAGCAUAAGGCAUUACAGCGAGUGCAUCCCACUAGAGCUCUACAAUGACGAGUGGACGAAGUCUGCAUUCAUUCAUCACAGACUGCAGAGCAGACGAUGUGGAAAAACUCGCACUGCGGAUGAAAAGCGGUCUUGGCAGCUCGAGGUACAAACCGACCGACUAUAAAACACUCCAAGCUAUUGUUGAUGCCAGACGCCUGCAGUCAAAACUAAUUGGACAAAAGGUUGAGAAAAUUCGCUGUGCAGCCAAGGCAACCAAGGAGAGCUCAAUUUUACAGCAGCACAGACAGGUGUGGAGCAGAGAGUGCCCCAGGCUGCAAAAGGCUGAAAUGAAUGCUGAAGAUGACAUCCGUGGUUUUCUCGAGCAGAUCAGACCCACUAAUAGAACAGAUUCUGGCAUUUUCUCACUUCAGGAUGAUGAGCUUUUGCUCGAGAGAGAACGAGAGGCAUUUCGGACAGCGACUGUGGAGCCGGUUUAUCAGCUCAGGGAUGACCUGUGCUUCAGAUGCAGUGAACUACAACGUCGGCGGCUCAAUGUUCAUCCAUCAAGCAUAGAACCAGUUAUGCAACAGAUACAAUUUGUGAAAGACCAGCAAGGUGAAAUUACUGCAAAACUCCAUGCAGAGUGUGUAGCCUUGGAGGAGGAGAUAAUGAACCUUGGCUUGGAGAAAUAUCUCACGAGUAGCUCAGAUGAUCAUCUGGUGAACAUAGAAAGUAUUCCAGAGGAGGUUUGGAAUUCUGACUGCCCCUACCCAGAGCUGAAGGACUCUCUGAUCCAGGCCUUCCACUGCUUGUCAGAAAUGUACAGGGGCAGACUGAACAGCCUUCAAGAGGAACUGCAAAGAACUGACAGGUUCUGUGGCUGGAGUCCAGACGACCACCUACGCUACCAGUUCACGCUGUGCCAGUACACUCACGACAUACCCAACAACAGAGCGCUCUGCAUGGACAUGCUGCAAAGAGUCUUCCCUGAGAAAAGCAGGCAAGAGCUGAUGGAGCAUGAACGCGCGUUGGACUGGCACCACUUCACCCUGUCACAGCUGAACGCAGUGACCCAGCAGUGGCGACGGGACAUGGAAGAGUUAUUAGCCCACGCCCUGGUCACAUUACAAGAAGCAGGGCUUGCCCACCAGGAGGAGCUGGAGCACCACAGAGACCGCCAGAGCCAGCAGGAGAUAUGCUUGCGUCUCAGAGAGAAGCUGCAGCGAUGGCGGACCCAGCAGGAGGAGGUGGCGACACUGGAGGCAGCUAUAACUGCGAGACAACAAGCUGAGGAAAAGGCAAGGUUAAAAAGGGAGCGGGAGAAGGAGGCUGCCGUCAGGUCACAGCAAAAGGAAAAGGUCAGGCGGUUUCAUUUUAAGCAGGAGAAGAGGAGAGAGGAGCUGGAGCAGAGAGACCAAGACAGACUUGCUUAUCUGAGGAGCAUCAUGGAGGAGCAGGAAAGGAAAGAUAAAGAGAGGGUGCAGUUUCGGGCGGACAUGUUGCAACUGCGCAAGGAGGAGCGAGAAGCACGGGAGCUCGAGCGUCAAAGGGAAGAGGAAGAGAAACAGAAGCGUCUGGAAGCUCUCAGAAACCAGGUUGUGGUGGUGGCAGAGGCAGACCCAGAGAGGCUGACGGCAGAUACAGAGGCAUGGAAGAGUCGACGGCUGAAUGAAAAGGAGUUUGUGCUCCAGAGACCUCUCUACAGCAUUAACACAUUUACAAACACACAGAUUGAAUCUGAUCUCAGAGUGCGGCUUGAUCGGGCGCUGCGGGAGGCUGGUCUGCAAAACAGCCUGUAUACCAAAGCGGUUGUGGCUGCUUUAAAUCCACCCAAACCACCUCGAUGAAGCGCAGGAUCCACAUUCAACGUCUGACCGGGGUCUUGUUGGGGUCAAAAAAAGUAGAACUUUUUGUUCCCUGUAUAUUUAUCAUUCCAUGACUUAAUAAUGUGUCAGUGGAUCCACAUUUGCACAGCCGUACAAAGUCAAAGACAAUAUUGACCAAAACAUGACGCAGUUCAGUUACCUUUUUUUUUUUUUUACUUUUAUU